GGUUCCUGUGACAUCACAGGUCAGGUAGCUGCAUGGGAGCUAGCUGCUGGGGUGACUGCAGUGACUGUGGGGAGGCAGGGGGGUCACACUCCGGGCAGUGCUCACUCAGCUGGGAACACAGGCUGUAUGGAAAUUGCGGGUUAAAAUCUGAAUGACUGACUGAGCAUCACGGUAAUUGGGGAGAUAAAGACACUGGGAAGAUCUACCGCUGUCUAGAAGUGUCAAUCCCCCAGCCGUCACCAGUGACGACUUCAGGGAAUUGGCUCUGUGUAUGGAGGAUAAUGUGGUCUCGCAGGAUCCUUCAUAGACCUCAGUGCUAUACUACAGCAGUGACGUUGGCUGCUUGUGCUUCCUGAAGAGGACGGUGCAGAUCAGGUUCAGUGCAUGGGCUACACACUGUAUCUAUUUAUAGGUAUGCUGGUGGCGAAGACCGUCCAUGAGAUCUUUCUACGAAUUCUCCACUUCCCAGCAGGACUGAGAGGGCAUCCCCGUCCCAAAGCUUCUGAGGUCCUGACACAACAUCUUCUACAGCGAAACCUACCACACUGGACCUCAUACUGCGUGAAGUAUAGUGCUGUCACAAACGACCAGUUUGCGCUGUCCAACUUCAACUGGGAAGUACAAGGCACAAAUUACCAUGUCCUACGAACAGGCUGCUUCCCAUUUAUUAAAUAUCACUGCUCCCGUGCUGCCCCCCAGGACCUGCAGCUCCACAACCACCUCUUCACUGCACUGAAAGCCAUAAAUCUAGGAAUUCCAACACUCAUGUACGGCUUGGGAUCUUGGCUCUUCGCCCGGGUUACUGAGACUGUCCCUACCAGCUGUGGGCCUGUGACAAUCUACUUCCUCAUCAAGGAGGAUGAAGGGGCGAUGUUUUGAGAAGCACUAUUUUCUUUUUUUUUUUUUUAACAUAGGUGACCCUUUUAUUUUCUGGACUUUUACUUCCUAGGUCAUCAAUUAUUCCUCUCCAUCAAGUUUCGCCAUCUCCCUGACUGUCUCAUCAUCUACAGAUCCUUCUCAUAUUAUCUCCACCAAUUCACUGACAUCUAACCUUGUCACAGUCUCCUGCUGUGUAGCUCAAUCCUCGAAAUGAGUUAUUGCAUUAGUGGUCCAUUUAUUUAUGAUUAUAUUAUUUGGGUUGAGACUUUAUUUAUGAUCCCAUUCUGCAGUAUUGUUCGGACCAAUAUAAAUAAAGCAAAAAUAUGAACCUAGA